AUGGAAGAAACACAGAAAGGACACGCGCACAGGGCCGUGCGGGGUCGCCGGGGCGCGUCUGGAGCUGGCGCUGGACGCGGCAGCAUGCGGGCCCCCAGCCGAGCGCGAGGAGCUGCACGAUCACCUAGCAGCCCCUCGCAUCCAUCAUCCCCACCAGAAGGCUUGGUGUCGGCUGGGUCUUCUCGGACUCAGCAAGCGGCACCCGCCGCUGGUGGAGCACGUCGCAUGCGUUGGACAAAAUCUAUGAACGAAAACGCAUUGCGGGCGUACUAUAGGGCGAAAGGAGAAGAAACUGUGGGAAUAGCGUAG